AUGGCGAGUGAAUCAGUGGUGAAGCACAUUCAAUUAUGUACAGUUGCUGAGGCACAACGCCAACUUAGAGAUGAUAGUAACUGGCAUGUUACUCUGCAAGAACUUGAUGCCUUUUUUGCCCUUCUAUAUGCCCGUGGAGCACUAGGCCAUUCAAAACUUUGUGCAGAUGAUUUGUGGAACAAGAAUUGGGGACCACCUGUGUUCAAAGAAACAAUAUCACGCAAUCGGUUCCGUGAAAUAAUGCGGUAUCUCAGAUUCGAUGUCCGAAGCACCAGAGCUGAUCGUCUCGCCACUAACAAAUUUGCUCUCGCUUCUGAAACCUGGUGCAAGCUAAUGAAAAACUGUUAUUUAUGCUAUAAUCCUGGACCAGAAAUAACCGUUGAUGAACAAUUGUUACCUUGUAAAUCAAGAUGUAGAUUUAUCCAGUACAUGGCGAAUAAACCGGACAAGUUUGGCGUUUGGCAUCAAAUUCUGGCUAGCAACUGA